CGUCCGUCCGACAAACCGGAAGCUUCCUUCUCCACAUUGGCGGCCGGAGGCGCGCGCCUCACAUUUGGACUUGGCUGGAUUUCUGAGCUCAGCCUUGUCCGCUCGAUGUGACGACGAUGGCUUGAGCACACGGGCGCUCAGCAAUGCGCGGCCGCUCCUCUCAACUGAUUAGCGCUGGUGGCGAUGUCGGCGACAAAGACGGAGACUAUGAAGACGAGGAUGACGACUUUGUCAGGGAGGCAGUGGAAGAGGCAAAAGAGUACAAGGCCGAGGCGGAGCAGGAGAGAAGAGCGCGGGCGGAGGCAAAGCUGCUGAACAAGCGCUAUGUGAAGAGGAAGAAGAAGGAGAAGAUAUCGAGAGAGGAUGACCAGAUCUUGUUUCAUCGAUUGAGGCAGCUGCUCGGCUUGACGGAGCAGGAGGCACAUCGCCUCAGAAAGUCGUCCGAUGAGACAAUGAUGAAAAGAGAGACCGAUAGCGACGCCAUCGGAGGUGGUUCGGGGCAGCGGUCCGACGACGAUGGGAAGGACGACGAAGAGGAGCAGCCACAACGUGGCCAAAGCUCUGCUCAAGGUCAAUUCGAUCUCAGCCAGUUGCUAGGUGACAACGCACCAUAUACCACGUCGUGCUCAUCAAAGGAUGGUCUCAUCUCGCUCUCAUCCACAACGAAAAGAGAAAUCUCGAGUGACCCGGAAGAGAAAGAGCGUCUUGCGAGACCACCUCCUUCACAAAAUAAAUCCAUCAAAAGGGAGCAGCCUCCGGCUUCUUCAGAUGCUGACGAGCACCUGAUUUCGCUCUCGUUUCCCGUAAAAAAGACUUUGGCCGCUCAUACUCCAAGAUCUGUCGACCAUCAAGUGGGAACCAGCGGCACCAAAGAGGAGAGGGCCCGAGGCAAUGACAACGACGAGGAGGAAGAAGAGGCCAUACCUCUCUCGCUGCGGGGUCGAGUUCAUGGCCAACAGCUCGAUGCGAUACCAGCAGCAGUGGACGUGGAGUGCCGUCCCUCGUUCUUUACAAAUGAAGAACAGCGAAAAGUGGGACCGAUGUGCCUCGAUGCAUCGGCCGACGUCUACGUUCCUCGAUACAUCAACCGGUUUUUGAGAGAAUAUCAGAGAGAGGGCGUUCGAUUUUUCUACGAAGCUUAUCGCAAUGGGAGAGGCGCUCUCCUCGGCGACGACAUGGGCCUCGGAAAGACGAUUCAAGUUAUCGCCUUCCUUUCUGCGAUCAUGAAGAAGCGUGGGACGGUGGCCGAAGACGAGAAUCGUCGGAUCAACGCCGUCAGGGCGGGGAGGUCGAGCUCGGGCAAGCAGCAAGCCGAUAAGAUCUGGGCCACUUGCCUAAUAAUCUGCCCCAGCUCUGUCGUGGGAAAUUGGCAAGGCGAGCUCAACACCUGGGGAUAUUUUGAGCAUGCAACCGUCUCGAGGGAUUCCAUCGACGACUUUGAAAAGGGCCGACUGGACAUUCUGCUCACGUCGCAUGAGACUGCAAAGCUUCAGAUCGAUCGCUUGAAGGACCUCUCCUUCUCUUGCAUUUUCAUCGAUGAAUGCCACAAGGUGAAGAACCCCUCCUCCCAGCUACACCAGGCCAUGUGCUCAUUUGCCUGCCCUCGACGGUUCGGCCUGACGGGAACAGCCAUCCAGAAUCGCGUUGAAGAGAUGUGGACCUUGCUCGACUGGUGCAACCCGGACCAGUACGGUACGCUGCGACACUGGCGUGAGCUCGUCGCUGAGCCCUUGCGCCGAGGUCAGGUUGCGGGCCACCAUCCUUUGGAGGUCGACCGAGCAAGAGACGUUGCGAAACGGCUGGUAAAGAACCUUUUCCCUCAAUCCUUUCUACGCCGCACGAAGUCGCUCAUCCAGGACCAGCUGCCGAUCAAGACGGACAAGAUCGUCUUCUGUCCGUUGACGCAUAUGCAGAUCGCAGCUUACAAGCGCAUCCUGAAUGAGCCAGAAUGUUUCAUGAUUCGUCGGUCUCAUGAAGCUUGCGAAUGUGGGCUUCUUGAUGACGAGGGCUUCCCAUACCAACGCAAAGGGUGCUGCCAUCAGACAACCGCGGACGGCAAGCCUUGGAACUAUUACAUGUUCCGGUAUCUGCAUCUGCUUCAAAGUUGUUCCAAUCACCUUGCGUUGGUUUUCCCGGACCCUCAAGACAACAUCGUGGCACCGAUUCGGGAGAUCGACAGGGAGCGCAAGGUCCGUUACCUUCGUCAGCUCGAAACUGUCCAGCGACUUUUUCCCGACGACUGGGCCUUGAAGCAGAACAAUAGCCUCAACGGCUUUCGCGAGGUCUUCUGCGGAAAGUGGAUUGUCUUGAAGGAGCUCAUGGCGGACUGGAAGAGGCGAGGCGACAAGGUCCUCAUCUUCACAUCGAACAAGAGCCUCCUGAACUGGUUGAGCAGCUUCAUCGAGAUGCAGGGCACGCAGUUUUUAAGGCUUGAUGGGACCACGCCCCAGAAGAAGCGACAGGCGCUCGUGGACUCCUUCAACCGCCAAGCUGAAAUCUUUGCUUUUCUAAUCUCGACGACUGCAGGCGGUACCGGCUUGAAUCUGACGGGCGCCAACAAGGUCGUCGUCUUCGAUCCGAAUUGGAACCCUGCGCAUGACCUGCAGGCGAUGGACCGCGCUUAUCGCUUUGGACAGGUUCGCGACGUUGACGUGUUCCGCCUUAUUGGCAAGGGUUCGCUAGAGGAGGUCGUAUAUGAUCGUCAAUUGUAUAAGCAACAGAUGGGCCGCAUCGGUUACGAAGCCUCCAAGGAGCGAAGGUACUUCGAAAAAGGCAUGGAGCGCGGCAUCAAGCACCUCUUUGAGCUCCACGAGACAGAGCUCAAGACGAAGCGAAUGAUUGAGGAUUGCGACAUCCGCGAGGCUAAAUUUGCCUUUGAGCAAUUUGCCAGAGACCAGCAUCUGGCUGCGGCUGCGGCAGGCGUGGAGGCUCCCGAGAUGGAUCUCGACGACUUCGUCAAGGGGUAUCUCGAUGAGGCUUCAGACGGACGGAAGAGGAAAGGGAAGAGGGCUGACAACGAUGGCGACACGUCAAAGAUCCUUAGGAGAGGCGGUGUCGAGUACACACAUGUCAACGACGAGCUGCUGGGCGGAAGCAGAGCCGAGGAGGCCAUGUCGCGCUAUGCGAAAGAGAAGAUGGCAGGCGGCGGUUCCGGCAGAGGAAAGAGGAGAAAAGGCUCAUUGUCCGAGAAGGGCGUUGGAGGAAGCGGUCAAAGGGCAGCAAGUGCAACGAUUGCUUGGCCGCCGAAACGGAACAAGAAUGAACUCGAACAGGAGGAAAGCGACGAAGAGGAGCAGAAGAAAGAGAUGGAGGGUACGAAGGAAGAUACGGGACCGGCUCAAAAGCAGGAAUUGAAGCAGGACAUGGCUGGCAAAGCCGGACAUUCUGAGGUGGAAAACCCUCUAGAUGGGCCGAGAGACGAGAAGGACAAUAUUGACGGAAUCGUCAAAGCAGUGGAAGAUGACGAAGAUGAAGAGGAGGUGGCGCUCUUCUGAGAUCUUUGUGUGAUGUCUCUGAAUUCUGUCGCAGUUGUGAGGAACCUGAAGACGGUGUAAAUUAUCGUACAGCAAGCAAGCAUAGAUUCGGACAUGUCCGUCGAAGGAUUCU